UCCAUCCAAUCUCAAUUUUAUGCGGCACAAGGCCUCGAGACACUUCCACCAAGCUUGCCAUCUUAUGAAACAAGUGUCUUUGGAAAAGCCAAAAGAGAGUAUGGAUGGAGUGCCUUCGGUGUUUAUCUGGCUUUGUCUGCUCUAGACUUUCCACUGUGUCUAUUAUUGGUCAGGCAUCUUGGAGCCGACAAGAUUGGAGAAUUGGAGGACCAUAUCAUUUCAACAGUAGAUAAAAUCAUUCCCGACCAGAUACAGAAAAUCUAUUACGAGGCGAAAACUUCAAUAAUUCAACCAAAAGAUCAAAGAUUUUGCGAAGAACAAGUCGUCGAGUCGGGGGGAAAUACCGGCCUGAAGAUGGAAGACAAUGAGAGAAAUAAAAAAAAUGCAAGCAUUGCUACGCAACUUGCACUUGCCUACGCCAUUCACAAGUCCUUCAUAUUUUUUCGUGUUCCCCUCACAGCUGCUGUCACACCUAAAAUUGUAAAAACUUUGAGAUCAUGGGGAUGGAAUAUCGGCAAGAGGGCGAAGAAUUAA